GCGAAACUUAAGUUUCUAGAAACAGCUGUGUGUGGCGAAGUGACGUGUUCCCGGGAAAAUCAUUACUAACUUGGCUGAAAGCUCAAGGCCUACUUGGAUAUARAUCGAUCGUUCUUACGCUUACAGGAGAAAAAUCAAAAUUGAAGGGGGAAGCUUAUGGGCUGAUUGCGAACGAGUCGGCAUGGCCGACGAGGUARAUACAGCAUUCAACGCAAGGGACCUUUUUGGGACCGUUGAUUUGGAUGGCAGUGGAUACAUUGACCGCGAAGAACUUGCUGCAGUAUGCGAUUUAGACUAUGAAGACCUUGGAGAGGUGUUUAACCAACUCGAUGUGGACCGCGAUGGAAGGAUUAGCAUCGAAGAGUUCUCGGAGAACUUCAAAAAGUUYAAAAAUGUUGUCUCAGGGUUAAAACAAAAAAGGCUAACAAGGUCGGCAACAGGUGAUGAAAUUGAAGAGCUCAAACAGCGAUUGGGUAAAUCGUUCUCGAAUCUAUCUGGCCAUGAGUAUGUGACGGAGCUGUUUCAUCAUAUUCACAGUGCAGGUGACUCACCCCAGCUGCUAUCGCUCCUGGAGAGCUUCUUAUUCAGUGUUGUCAGGGACAUCAAGAACUAUGAGUCGGAAAACCAGAGAUUGGAAGAAGCACUCAAAAGAACAUGCGAGAAGCAUGCAGAACAUAUGGAAAACCUUGACGAAGAACUAGAACAGCAGUUGUCUAAAGUGGAGCACCGCAUUAAAAAAGAGGAAAAAAGUAAAUAUGAAAGAUCUAACAUGGAUGUUAUCUGGCAAAUGGAAAACAAGAAUAAGGAGAUUCAAGCUCUACAAGCAAAAGUUCAAAAACUUGAAAGUAAAAUUAAAAGGAAAGAGCCUGAAGAACAGAAAUUAAAAGAAGAGAUUGAUGAGCGAGUACAGGAAAUACGAUAUCUUCGAAGCCAAGUAACCGACGCCCAAACCAAUACGGCUGUGUUACGAAGUGAGCUCGCUCAACUAAGAAAUGAUUAUGAGGACCAAACAGUUCACCUCGAAAACGAGAAACGAACAGUAAUGGAGUGUGUUCAAGAACAGGAGAGUCUAACAAGACAGCUACAGCUUCUACAUGAGGCAAACAAAAAACUUCACGACACGAAUGAUGACUUACGAUCUGCACUCGAGGCAAGGAGGACAUCUGAGACAGGGAGAAGUCCCUCACCGAGUAAACGAAGCUCUAUCACAACACUAUAUUCACCUGGACCCAAGUCGUACAAAAGAAGCAAAUCAAGUAUCAAUAGUCGCUCACCAUCGUCCAUGAAUGACGCUGAUGACAGACUCUCAGCCUCUUUGGGAGCCACUCCCUUGAGGUCACCUCUGCAUAGCUGUGCCAGCAGCAGAAGGAACUCUCUUCUCCCGGUACAACAGAGUUGCGAGGAGGACGAUCCAGCAUUGAAUGAAGAUUCUCUGAUGAACGAGAUUAGGGGGGUCAACCGACAUCGCUCGGACUCCGAAUCUGAGACUAAUUCGGAAGUAAGCUCAGUCAUCGAGCUUGAUUACAACAACAAUGCUGGAAUACUUAACAACAAAGAAACAGGCCGAAUCCAUCACUUGGUUCCCCCCGCGCGUCAGUCGUGUGAAGUCGAAGAGACUGAGAACCAAGAUCCUGCUAUGAUUGUCGAUCCAGUCCUCGAGCGGUAUACAAAAACGAGUUUACCUGACGGAACAGAAGAGGAAGACGAAGCGUACGGCACGUUACCGUCAAGUGAAAGAGAAAGUAUGAGAAUGCAACUCAACCUCUUAGCAGAAACGAACAAACGACUGUGUGAAAGCAACAAUGAUUUAAGAGCUGCUCUAGAAACUGUUAGCAAGCGAGUAUCAAAACCAAGAAGUCGAGAAAAGUGUAAACGAAACCAAAGCUUCCAUAGCGACUAUGGUUCCAUAUCAAGUCGGAGUAUAACACCUAACCAUUUACAGGGUCCCAAAUCAGAGAAUGAUAUAGCUGAUGGUGCAGAAGAUUUAUCUGGCUAUGAACCGGAAUCCGACGGAAAUAACACCAGUACAUUGACGUUACAAGGAAGGYAUGAGGAGCUUCCAGAAAGAAUMAUCAAAUCACUGGCGACGCCUCGAGAACGAAUCAAGAUCGCUGGUCGAGARACUAAUGACGUCAUCUGGGAAAGUGACCACGAGAAUGAAACUGCUGACCACGAUGAACUGAAGCGACACGCAAAUGCAAAUGAGAAUGAAAGAAACACUGAUAACCCUUUUGCGAGAAAUAGUMUACUGCGAAGGCCUUUGCGUCAGAAGAGUAUUGAAUCGCUCGCUGCAGAAAUGGACGGGAAUCCCGCGGGUGGAAAGGGAGAUCGCUCUAAUUGGCCCGAUUUAGCGCGCAACGGGAAGUGGAACAGUAUGGAACRAAUGCGCAAAAAGAAUGAAUUUGCAGGAGUAAGAUCAAAGUCAUUGCCGACCUCAAGGUGCCAGAGCUCUGAGAGUCUUGACUUUCAAACUGGAGCWGGACUGACUGAACUUUCUGAGAAACUAAACGCGCUUAAAACGAGCCAAGAAAAUAUUUUGUCAGAGACUGAUAAUCCUGAAAGUGAAGACCCUUCUUUUAACUGUGAUGACCUGAACGCGGAAAAUGAUUCAGGAUUGUCRAAAAGUGACCAAGACGAGGGACGAGGAAAUGAAGACGCGCUUGAGGAUUAUCCCAAAGAAGGGAUCUCGAAGCAUGCAGAGGAUAAUGUCCAGCGCUCUCCUUCUAAGAGCACCAACACUGAGAGAACAGAACUGGUGUCAUCUGCUGUGCAGGUGAACAUGAGUUCUGGUAGAAGUACACCAGCUGAUCCAAUACCUAAAAGAAAACGGUCURGCUCCAAAAAUGAACCAAGCAAAGACAAAAAGAAAGAGAAAACUUCACCACGAGAGAAAAAGCACACGAGUAAGGCUUCAAACGACGAGACGAAACAUCCCGAGGGAUUGACUAGAACCUCGAAGAAGGGUUCAAGUAGAGAUGGAUCAAGAGAAAGGCCAAAGGAAUACAARAAUAGAACCACGAAUGAUGGGUUAAGAGAUGGCUCAAGAGAAAGGCCAAAUAAAGGCGAGAAUAGAACCAAGAGUGAUGGAUUAAGUAGAGAUGAUCCAAGGGAAAGAACAAGGGAAGACACGAAAGAAGGCUCUAACAACUGCACAAAAAGUAGAGAAAAUCUUUCCAAGGUUUUAAACCAUGGAGAGAGUCCUUAUCGAUCGACGUCAGCGCGACCUUAUUCCCAAAACACUAGCGGUUCAUCUUUGCCACAAGACAUCCUGUUAAACAAGAGCCCCUAUACGAGUCCCAGAACGACACCCGGGCRCAAAAAGGAAUCUUUCAAUAGAGGAAGAACAGAAUUAUUAAGUCUAAUUGCUGGAGAAAGACCUUGUCAAGAUCUAACAACAGUCCAAAAUCUUCGAAUCGAAGUAGAAGAUAAGAGUAGGCCAAAUAAUCUUGAUUUGGAUAGAAGUAUCACCUAUGAUAUAUUUGCGCCUUUGAAUAAGUCCUGCCCAAUCUUCACCACGAAAGGAAGACCUUCAGAUGCGCAUCAACCGGRACACGAUCCUGGACUCAACACGAGUAGAGGAAAUUGGACGCAGUUGCGUAAAAUGAGCCCGUAUGGAGGUGCGUUAGUUCAUCGGGUCAGGCAGACGGAAUCUCUAGCAGAUACGGACCUCAGUAAAGUGGAGAUACUAAGCGCAGAACUGGAAGCGCAAUUCAAGAGCGUUAAAGAAGAAGACGAGGAAGAUAUCGACGAGGAUGACGUGGACGACGAAGAACUUGCUCAACUCGUUGCUAUGGCGACAGGGCUUUCCGAAAGCGAAGAGGAAACGGAGAGUGAGCUGGAUUCGACAGACGGCAUACGGCCAGCUACUAUUGGAACUUCUGAUCUUUCUGAAGCAUCGACCAAUACUCCAUAUAGUCACUCUAUGACACAAGAUAUAGUCCCUGAAAGAAUGUUUAAGCUAGUCCUGGCAGGUGAUGCUGCGGUCGGCAAGUCAAGCUUCAUCUUGCGACUGUGUCGCAAUCGCUUCCAUAAUGCAUUAAACUCUACACUAGGUGUUGAUUUUCAAAUGAAAACUUUGGUAGUGGAAGGUAAAACAAUCGCUCUUCAAUUAUGGGAUACUGCCGGACAAGAAAGGUUUCGUAGUAUCGCUAAAUCGUAUUUCCGCAAGGCAGACGGUGUACUACUUCUAUAUGACGUCACUUGYGAAACGUCAUUCCUUGACGUGCGUGACUGGGUAGAAGCAAUUGAGGAAAGUUGUUCAAAACCAGUACCCAUCAUGCUUUGUGGUAACAAGACCGAUCUUCGUCAACAAAGCAUCACAGAAGGCAAGAUGGUUAUAUCUGCAGAAAGUGGACAAAAAUUAGCCAAAGAAUAUGGCGCUCUUUUUAUGGAGACAAGUGCAAAAGACAAUCAGAAUAUAACAGAAGCAUGUAUGAAGCUUGCCAGAAUGUUACAAGACCUUGAAGAUAUAGARGUCAAUAAGAAUAAGGACAGAGGACUGCAACUAUCAGAAGCCGAUGCAAAGGCAAAGAAGAAAACAUCUUGCUGUCCACGGUAGCGAAAGAUAUAUAAAUUUAACUAAAGCUGAAUACAAUUUUAAAUUGCAGAGUGCUUCAAAAAUGACGAGAAAACUGUUCUUAUUUUGCAGUUUAUUUCGAUUAUCUUACCAUUCCGCUUGCUCAGUAUGACUGACGAGCGCACUUCAUGAUCAAAGCAGGUCUUUGAUGUUAAUUUUAUUAGCAAGUGUGUAAACUUGGAGCAAGACAUUUUUGGAGCACUGCGUAGCAUUGAAAUUCACCACUUUCCAUACGUAGGUUAACUGGUCAUACUAGAGCAUUCAACCGAGGCUGCAAGGUUCAAAUUUGAAGAAUCUUUUGAAACUACCUCGCAGCCUCGAGUAAAUGCUUUGUAUAUGACCAAUGAACYUAUGUAUGGAAAGUGGUGAAUAUACAAGAUGAAAUACUCCCAUAUAAACAUGGAAGUUGCUUGAUCAUCUUAURAUUUCAAAUACCAAUUUCUAAUCUAAAAUAAGCUUUUGAAAAUUCCGUAUAAUAUAUAAAUAUUAUCAUGGAUAUAAUUUGUGAGCUUUUUAAAAAAAUGGUUGUCUUGAACUUUCUUCGCUUAUAAAAAUUGGGAAAUUCCUCAAAUGUUUAAGGGCUCAUUAUUCCCUUAAAUCUCCAUGACAACAAUCRUCAUGACAACCUUCUUUAAAAAUAGCUACACAAAUGUUAUGUACAGAAUAAGUAAACAUAUAUAUCAUAUUUAAGGCAGCAGGCACAUGGUUUUGUUUUUUAUGCACAUUAUAUAUCAUUCCAUUAUUAAUAGUUUUAUAAGUAGCAUCUUGCYGGUCUUAUGCAUUGCAGAUAAUUUUUAGUUAGCUUUUCUUAUAUAUUUUAGGUAAGUUUCUAUGGAAUUCGACUUUCAUGGUUCCUUUUUAGCCAUUUUUGGUUUUAUACACAYAUAUCCACUCAUUCAUUGACACAAAAUAUAUCGAGAUAUAACAUGAACAAGACAAAUUUUAAACCAAAAUUUUAGAAACACAAAGUUUAACACYGUAUACCUCUUUACCUUGGGCGUACCGUUUUCCCAUUUCAURCYCCGUGUCAUUCCCUAGAGUAUCAUGKUUUUUUAAUGGUUGCGUAUGACAAGACACAUGCAUAUAGAUACAACUCAAACAAGGAAUCUUAUUCUUCAAGAGAAUGACACAUGGUCUGAAAUGGGAAGACAUUACACCUUGGCUAAAGAAGUUUGYAUUUUACCAAAAGACAAGAAUUAUUUCAGCAAAUCUUUUAUCUGCAUUUUACCUGUCUAUUAAGUGUUUGCAAACAAACAAAGGGGAAAGAGUUGAUAAGGCAUGUCAACCAUAUUGGUGUCCUGAAAGGAAGUUGAUGAGAAUUUAUUUGCUUAAUACCACUAAUAUGUAGUGUACAAAUGAAGUUAGCUAUGCCUGAUCAACCCAGAUGAUGUUUYGGGGUUUGAUCUGGAGUUCGACAUGCCGCUGACUUCGAUCAGCCCAGAGGUUAUUGUUGGAGAGUACCCAAAAAGGGUUUACUCAACAUUAUAAAUUCAAUUUUUCAUUAAUGUUUCAUACAAAGAAAUAACUGACUUAUACAUACAGGUUUACUGAAAUAAUUCUACAUGGGACAUUCAUUUAUGGCAGGUAAAGAGGAAAUUAUAUUAAUUUAGGAGUGAAGAAGUGGUUUCACUUUUUAUCAACAUUCACAGGAAAUUUACUUUAAUUGCAGCUCAUCUACUGCUUUCAUUUUAACCAAGACCAUCUUUAAUGUAAUUCUUUUUUUAAAUAUAUUUUCCAUAUGAUAAAGUUAAUUUUUAAAAAGAGUAAAUGGCGUGAGCCCAGGUGUUGAAGUUUGUUGUGAAAUGUGAUCGUCUGGAUGAGUGUUUUCACUGGACUCUGAAGAUGACUUCCAAUCAGGUUGUUGAAAUGCCAGUCACCACCACCAACAGUCUUUCUCAAGGCUAUACUCACCUGGAUGAUCACAUUUUAUUUUUAAAGUCAGACUAGAAUUACCCAUAUAUUCGUGAAACAAUUGCUAGAUAUAAAUAGCACCUGAUAUCAACUAUCAAACUUCCAGGCAUUAACUCUCUGCACUUAAACAUCAUUAUAAUUUAAAUAGCUUUCAAGAAUUCGCUUGAGURACCAUGAAACAAWAGUUCCAMGUCGAAAUUGAGYUCAAUGUUUUCACAUAUUUMMUGCAUUUUAUCAAGAYCAAGCUCAACUUGGAGCMAUUUUUUGUGGUUAUUCAAGCGAAUUUGAGAAAGAUCUAUCAGUGUAUUGACCAAUUUUGUUUAUAAAAUACAUAAAGUAGACAGUAAAAUAUUAGAAAGCCUACAUACAUUUGUUUAUAAAUGUAUUGACAAUGAUACAGAGUAGUGUCACAAUGGAAUUAUAUAGUAAAAUAGAAUUAUAAAAGUA